AUUUUACUUAAUGCUAACAACUUCACUCUUAUAAAUACAUCUUCGUGAAGAUAUUUUGCAUUUGGUCUGACCCCCUUCUUCACUCCAAGCCCAAGAUUAUUCCGCAGACAAUGAUCUGUUUUGGACCCGAGGGAUGGAAACACAUCAAGUAACAGCAUCUGGUGGGCCGACCAUGGCGCUGGCCGAGAUUUUCGGCUUCGGCGUCUAAGGGAACGCUUAUGGUCGGCCCACUAGCCAGGAAAAACGCUUCAGUUAAAAUGGCUACUGUGGUAUCAUCGAGCCGCCUGUGCGAUAGCAACCCGGCAACUCCGGGAGCGCGGUCCAGCAGGGAAGAUGCUGAGGAGACUUCAAAUGAUGACGCUACAAGUCAGGCUGCCAAGCGCCGACGCAUGGGAUCUGGAGACAGCUCAAAAAGCAGCGACACCACUCAAGACUUCAGCUCAACCUAUUUUCCAGCAGAGAUGUUGACGGAGUAUAAAUGGCCAGGUGAUGAUACAGGAGAGUAUUAUAUGCUGCAGGAACAAGUUAGUGAAUACCUAGGCGUGACUUCGUUCAAGCGAAAAUAUCCAGAUCUGGAACGACGUGAUUUAUCGCACAAAGAGAAGCUUUACCUCAGAGAGAUGAAUGUGAUCACAGAAACACAGUGCACCUUAGGCUUAACUGCUUUGAGAAGCGAUGAAGUUAUUGAUCUGAUGAUCAAGGAAUAUCCAACCAAGUAUGCUGAAUAUGCAGUGGUUCUGCAGGAAAGAGAGCGACAGCAGAUCACCGACCGAUACAAGGAAUAUUCGGUCAGUACUGGGAGCAGAGUGACAAUUUAACUCAAGCUUAUCUGUUAUUAAUGUAUAAUGCUUUACUUACCUGCUGAGACAUUUCAAAAGCAAAAGGGUAUCUUGCAGAAACAUAUGAAAAUGUGAAAGGAAUAGACAAGAUAGAGGCUGGGAAGUUGUAGUUCCACUGGUAGGUGAUCCCAGAGCUCAGGGUCGUAGCCUUAAGGUUUGGGGGAAUAGACUUAGGACAGAGAUCAGGAGACAUUGCUUCUCCCCAGGGUGUAGUGAAUCUGUGGAAUUCUCUGCCCAGGGAAGCAGUACGAGCUACUUCAUUAAAUAUAUUUAAGAGACAGUUAGAUAGAUUUUUGCAUUGCAGGGAAUUGAGGGUUAUGGAGAGAAAGUUUGGUGGAGCCUAGUCCAUGGCCAGAGCAACCAUGAUCUUAAUAAAUGGCAGAACAGGCUCGACGGGCUGGAUUACCGACUCCUGCUCCUAUUCCUUAUGCUCUUACUGAAUGGCAGAGGAGGCUUGUCAGGUCGGAUGGAUGACCCCUGCUCCUGGUCCUCAUGUUCUCAAAUGCUGCAGAUACGAAAUAAAGUAUCUGGAACAGCGUGUAGCAUUGGGGUUAGUGUAAUGCCGGCAGCCCAGUUCAAUUCUGCCACUGUCUGUAAGGAGUUUGUAUGUUAUCCCUGUGACCAUGUGGGUUUCCUCCAGUUUCCAAAUAAGUACGACAAAGUAGGUGAAUUGGUCACAUGGGAGUAAUUGGGCGGCAUGGUCUUGUUGGGUCCAAAGGGCCUGUUACCAUGCUGAAAUAAAAGAAAAUAGAAAAUGAUGGCAGCAAUCAGCCAAUUAGGCAGUAUCUGUAGAGACAGAGCUAAGGUUCCAGCUCAAAGACCAUUCUUCAGAAUACUUGAAAAUUGUGCUGUAUAGAGAGAGGUUUCGGUUACUCGUGCCUAUGAUGGUUCUUUGGAAAAGCUGUAUAUUAAUCCCAUAAAUACAAAAGAUUCUGCAGGUGCUGAAAACCUUGAGCAAUAUGCACAAAAUGCAGGUCAGGUAGUUGACGAUUCGGGUUGAGACCCUUCAUCGGGACAUUAACUCCAUUCCCUGCCCUUGGCUCGAAACCCUGAAGAAUUUCCUUCAACCAAGUUAGGAGUAGUUAGCGUUUCGGUGUUUUUCAUUUGCUUUUUAGCAGGUUUGGCACAACACUGUGGGCCGAAUGGCCUGUUCCUGUGCUGUAUUCUUCUGUGUUCUAACUCCUUAGCCACGUGUUAAACCAAAUGACCUUCCUAUUUCUGGCCUCACUAGCAUGUGGCACAGUAGCAAUCCUGAGAUCAAACUUCCCUGUGAAAGAAGGCUUGCAGUUCCAAGCACCCUCUAAAGAGGAAUGAUAUGACUCACAACAGUUUUGGUUACUGCCUGCUACUUAAACAUUAACUUGCAGAUGAAGCUUCAGGUUCUCCAAUGCAGCUAUUGACAAUGGUGGUUCAAAGCUGGGAAAGAAUGGAAUAAGAUAGCCUUUCAUUUUUGUGGUGAAGAGAGUUUUUUUUUUGAAAGGUAGUUUUCACUGCCAAGGCCAGUGUUUAUUGUCCACCUCUAACCAUUUCCUGAAAAGUGUCGGUAAUAUUAAACUUGAUUCUGAUUCUGAAACAAGUACCUUUUAAAGUCGCCCACAUUGCUUGGGUUCUGGAAUCACAUAGCUCAUUGCACAGCAGUGCAGAAAAAUAUUCUUUACAAACCAAUUUUCAGAUAUGUAGUUGUGAACCAGAGUACAAAGAAAUUGCCUAAUCUCACAUUUUAAUCUCAGAUUUCCAAAUUUUGUGCACUUUCGAUCAGUUCUUUUCAACUGAUGGGCGAUAUCACUGCAGGGUCAUAGAAUAUGGCCAACAGAAGAUGGCACUGAUGAGCCGUGGCUAUUUUUUUGCGGGCAGCUAACAAAACUAUUAUUGUUCUUCUACUAAAUAUACUCUCAUGAUCACUGCAAUCUGCAGCCUGUAAUUCCCCUUUGGGAGUUGUGCUUUAGAACCAUCCAAACGGUCUGGCGUUUUUUGCGGCAUCCUGAAGGAUUUGGCAAACUGGACUCUCAAAGGUGCCAUUGCUGGGGCGGACUUCAGGCUGCUUUGAAACUCUGGGCCGGGUUGAAAGAUCAGGGUCCGGGCCUGUGAGCAAAGGUGAACUGAUGUUCAGCUGA